AUGAGCUCUCAUAGAAUUACUGAGCAUAUCGGAGCUUAAGAAUUUUCAAUUGAUCAUUAAAAGUAUUAAAUGGAUAAGUUUUCGAUUCGUUCGCAUACAUUGUCCCACUCGAAUCAGAAUAAUCAAUCCUUCCUAAAGAAGUUCAAUGAUCACAACUCAAAAGUUAUAAAAGAAACUUAUCAGUAGAUAGUAGGUAUGAUGAAACAUUUGGACGACAUUCAUUGUGUGCUCUUAGAAAAUCAACAAAAAGAGUUCAUGACCUCUUAUAAAGAACAUAUGAGCAAGGUUCAAUGUGAAAUCUUGAUAAUGAAGCACAAAUCAACAAAAGAGUAUGCCAAAAUGAAAAUGGAUGAAAGAGUUAGAUAUCUAGAAGAUAGAAUAACUUUUCUAAGAACCGAAAUGGGAUCAUUAGUCUCAAGAAUUGAUAAUUUGUCCAAGUAAAGUGAGAUCUUAUAAGAAAAGCUAACAAAGGAAUAGGAGACCAAGGAAUUUCUAAAGUAAUAUACUAUAGCGACAAAGAAGCAAAAUCAAAUGCUGAUGUAAACUAUAGAGAAACUAAAGGAUCCUGAGAUUCAAUAUAAGUAUAAAAGAAGAUUACAGAUAUUAAACAACUAAAGAGCCUCAUUCUUAGUAACUGAAAGAGCUCCUUAAGAUAAAACUACCUCACUCCUGAAAUCUAAGCAAAUUAUACCAAGCGGCAAUUAAAAAUAGGCAAAUACUAGUGGCUUAUUGAAACUAGCUCAUAAUUCUCCAAAUCAGGCUUCAUAAACAAGUUUUGAUUUUAUCAAAUCUACUGCUCCUGACACAUUAAGCAUUAAUGAAUCAAAGUUUCGGUUAAACUUAAGGAAUUAGCAAAAUGCUAUAAUUGCUAAUAAUAGUAAUAAUGAAUUAACUCAAACUCUCAGCAACCUUAAAAUGAAUGAUACCAUUUAAAAUAAUAGUCAUACUGCUCUUAAUAACUUUCGUGCUAGAAGACUGAGUGAGACCUUUGAUUGUGAAAAUGACAAGGUACUAAAACAUUUAGGGGACUAGGACAAGAGAAUAGUCAUUCUUGAAUCCUAAUUGUCCUUUGAAUAAAAAAGGAACGACAAAUUAAAGUAGAAAAUGAAGAAGGAUCUUCUUAGCUAGAGCUCGACUAAUAUUGGGAAUCUUGAGAUGUAGGAGAUCUUUUUGGAUUGCAUUAAGACUAUAAAGCAGUGCGCAGUGAAAAACUAGGGCAUGAAAUAUUUAACCAUUGAGGAUAGACAUAGAAUAAUAUUCGAUCUAUUGAAAGACAAUAAAGUAUUAGUGAAACUAUACGAUCUACUGUUCGGAUAGAAAUAGUAAUCAGCUGCGAGUAUCAGCAUUAUUGAUAGCCAAGAGUAUAUUGAUUAAGUAUCCAAUAAAAACAUGCAAAUAUUCAGCCAGUUUAAUGAAAGCUCAACUUAAAGAUUGAAUAUGAGUAAUAUACAGAUAUCUGAUCAAACCAAAUCACAGAUAGACGAAGAUCCUCACAAUAUGAUGGCAUUGAGUACUAAAAGUUUUCAUCAAAGAACUGCUUCUGCCAAGAACUCUAUAAGAUCCAUGAUAAGACCUGUGUAAAAUAUCAGAAAAUAAUUCAAAAUCAGAGACGGUAAAUUACUUGUUAACAAUUAUGCCAAUUGA